GAAUCCCCAUCAACUUCGAGUCCACCGUGCUUGCCAAGGAGGACUGGAAGAAGUACGAGAUCAGCUUCAAGCUGAAGAAGCAGGGUGCGAUGAAGCACAUGUCAGGCUUUUGGCGUGUGGUCCCCGUCAGCCAGGACGAGGCUAUCGUCCUCUUCUAUAACGAGGCCAUCCCGUUCAUUCGCAUUCCCUCCAUCUUCCGGGCCUUCGCUGGUCGCCUCAUCCGUGAGAUGGCAGCUUCCCUGCUGGAGGAUCUUCGCACUGCCAUCGUCCGAUGGCAAGCUGAAGAGGCUGCCGGCGUGGUUCGAAACCUGAACUCCUGGGAGCCCGGAGACAUCGAAGCGCAGCGGCAGUCGAUGGAGAAGGCUGCUCAGCUCACAGAAGGCUGA